UGGGAGCCUGAAGUUGCUUCUGCCUCACGGAGAGGUCUGCCUGGCAGCCGGCUCUCCACUUUCUUUAGAAAGGAAACGUUUGAUCAUCCUCCACCUGCAGAAGUGAGUUUUGGCUGAAGAAGCUCCAGCUGCUCUCCUCCAUGCCAGCAGCCAGUGAGACUCCCGUAGACUAGCUACUUCUCAGGCUGCGCACGACAGCAGUGCUAGCAAAUCUGAAAAGGCAGGAAGCAGCCCCUGCAUGCACAGCUCCCAGCCUGAGCACUCCUGGGCCACUCUUCCCAGCAGCUGUGUGGCCAGAGACCCUUGGCAUUGCGGUCACAUCCCGUGCAAGUGAGCGGUCCCCGGCGGCGGCGUCUGGAGGAAGCCGGCAUGCUGCAGAUGCUGCGGCAUUUUCUGUCUGGCUUUUUCCCUGGGGCUGGGUGCCAAGGCUCCAGGGAGGGGGAUGACCAUGAAGUCAGAGGCACCCAGGCUCCUGCCCGGGGAGAUCAGAUGGCAAGCUUUUUGGGGAAGCAGGACGGAAGGGCCGAGGCCAUGGAAAAGAGACCCACCAUUUUGCUGGUGGUCGGACCUGCAGAGCAGUUUCCUAAGAAAAUCGUACAAGCUGGCGACAAGGAUCUUGACGGGCAGCUGGACUUUGAAGAGUUUGUCCAUUACCUGCAGGACCACGAGAAGAAGCUGAGGCUGGUGUUUAAGAGCUUGGACAAAAAGAAUGAUGGACGGAUCGAUGCCCAGGAGAUCAUGCAGUCCCUGCGGGACCUGGGAGUCAAGAUAUCCGAGCAGCAGGCCGAGAAGAUCCUCAGGAGAAUACGGACGGGCCACUUCUGGGGCCCUGUCACCUACAUGGACAAGAACGGCACGAUGACCAUCGACUGGAACGAGUGGCGGGACUACCACCUGCUGCACCCCGUGGAGAACAUUCCCGAGAUCAUCCUGUACUGGAAGCACUCCACGAUCUUUGAUGUGGGUGAGAACCUGACAGUCCCCGAUGAGUUCACGGUGGAGGAGCGGCAGACGGGGAUGUGGUGGAGACACCUCGUGGCCGGCGGCGGGGCGGGGGCCGUGUCCAGAACCUGCACGGCCCCGCUGGACAGACUGAAGGUGCUCAUGCAGGUGCACGCCUCGCGCAGCAACAACAUGUGCAUUGUGGGCGGCUUCACCCAGAUGAUCCGCGAGGGGGGGACCAGGGCCCUGUGGCGGGGCAACGGCAUCAACGUCCUCAAGAUCGCCCCGGAGUCGGCCAUCAAGUUCAUGGCCUACGAGCAGAUCAAGCGUCUCGUUGGGAGUGACCAGGAGACUCUGAGGAUCCACGAGAGACUCGUGGCUGGCUCCCUGGCGGGGGCCAUUGCCCAGAGCAGCAUCUACCCGAUGGAGGUUCUGAAGACCCGGAUGGCCUUGCGGAAGACCGGCCAGUACUCAGGCAUGCUGGACUGCGCCCGGCGGAUCCUGGCCAGAGAGGGGGUGGCCGCCUUCUACAAAGGCUACGUCCCCAACAUGCUGGGGAUCAUCCCCUACGCCGGCAUCGACCUCGCCGUCUACGAGACGCUCAAGAACGCCUGGCUGCAGCGCUACGCGGUGAACAGUGCCGACCCCGGCGUGUUUGUGCUCCUGGCCUGUGGCACCAUGUCCAGCACCUGCGGCCAGCUGGCCAGCUACCCGCUGGCCCUGGUGAGGACCCGGAUGCAGGCGCAAGCCUCCAUCGAGGGCGCCCCCGAGGUGACCAUGAGCAGCCUCUUCAGACAGAUCCUGCGGACAGAGGGGGCCUUCGGGCUGUACCGGGGGCUGGCCCCCAACUUCAUGAAGGUGAUCCCGGCCGUGAGCAUCAGCUACGUGGUGUACGAGAACCUCAAGAUCAGCCUGGGCGUGCAGUCGCGGUGACAGCCCUGGGGCCGCGGACUCGCCGGUCCGGGCCGCUGCCCCGGACGUGGACCAUCCCAUUCUGUGAAUGUGCCAACACUACGCCUACGCCGACUGAGCCAAGCUGUGGAAUCGGGGGCGGAGCUGGCGGCCGCUGGGGUCUGUCCUGCUGCCCCGGCCGGCCCUUGCGUCCAUUCCGGGAAGCCCCGCGGGCGUUGCUCAGGGCCCAGGGGUCAGCGGGAUCUGGGCCGAGGGCCUGGGGCCAGGGCGUUUGCUGCAGUGCCUGCAGGCCGGCCAGCUUGGAGGCAGCCGCCUCUGCAUCGGCGGUCCCCGUGGCCUCCCCGCUUUCCGCUGGUUGCUGGGGAGGAGGGGCUCCGGGCCCACUCCCCACCCCUCCUCCUCCGCGCCCCCCAGCCCUCGGCCUCCCGGUCCCCGCUGCUCUCCUGCGGCCACGGCGCUCGCCGUGCGGGGCCGAGGAUGGGGUCUAGCUUUCGUGCCCGCCCUCUGCCGAGCUCUCCCACGCUGGUCCUGCGUGUGCUCUGCCUGGCCUCGCCCAGACCCAAGCGCCGGCCCCACCGGGCGGCCCUGGGGAGCCGAGGACCCUGUUCUGGGGCGAAGGGCAGGCGGCUGCCCUGGGUCCGUGCCCCGGGAGAAAAGGCCGAGGUGUCGCAGGCCUCGACGACGCGUUGUUGGGAAAGAGAGGCGAGCUGGACAAGCAAGCAGCCCUGUGCUUCCGGACGGGAGACCGGAAGUGGGCCGCGAGACCGGAAGUGGGCGCCCGGCCUCCGCACAGCCCCAACCCGGACCCCAGUGGGACCAGCCUCACAUUCCACAGAUGCCACGUGUCACUGCUUGGAGCCUAUUUAUUUUGUAUUUAUUUGAACAGAGUUAUGUCCUAACUAUUUUUAUAGAUUUGUUGACUUAAUAGCCGGUCAUUUUCAAGUUCGUUUUUUAUUCAUAUUUAUGUUCAUGGUCGGUUGCACCUCCGGGCACCACCUGGGGGCUCUGGAGUGGCCGCCCGCUGCCCCCAGCUGCCCCCAGCUGUCCAGGCAUUCCUCCAGGCCUGAAGCAAGGCGGGAGGGGAGGGGCCGGCCCAGGAGAGGGUGUCCUGCGGGCCUGGGGCGGGCUCCCCCACCAGCCUUAGGAGCUCAGGGGCGGGCGGAGCCGCCUCCGUGAGGCUGAAGGUGGCAUCAGCAGUUUCCUUUAUUUCGCCCCUUCUGAGUUUCAAGGCGGGGAGGUGCCUCUCGCUGGGGGAGGGGCGGCCGGCCCCGCCCCGCCGGUGCAGCGCGGGCUCCCUGGUCCCCGGAGUGGCCUGGAGAGGAAGCUUACAUAGGACGCAGAGAUCAAUGCGGAAAUCAUUGUUGUAUGCAGAUACUUGUAGUUACAACUGGAGUUCUCCAAACGCAAAUUAAGAAAGCGCCGGAAGUUGUUUCAAACAGCCUAAUAAAGUUGUUUCGAAGCUGA